AUGGCUUGCUUCUCCGCAAUGCAGCUAGCCCGUUCGUCGGAUCGAGGCCCUUUCGCUGCCAGAACGGAAUGCUCCGUGGGAACGUUGCCACUAUGUGUGCGGGUGACCUCAUCGCACAUCGUGUGUGGCCACAAAUGCCCGAGUGCUGAGAUCAUCACUCUGGAUGAAGACGAUGAUGUUCUUGUAUGGGGAGAAAAACGCAGUGAAAAAGGCGUCGAGGCACGUGCUCUCCGGGGGAUACAAGUCAACACGAAAAGCAAAACUCGCUCUGCACGACCCGCCCUGGCUAAAACGGUUCAUGGUCGUUCUGGAUCAGAGUCGAAAUCUAGUGCGAUAACUGGAACGCUCCCGUAUCCGCAUCUCGGGUCAUUUCGGGCAUCCUCGUCGACGGCCACGAUUUGCAGCUGCGAUCCAGAGCCUGGCCGCAGUGAAGUCAUCCUUGCUCGGCCAUUCAGACAAGCUUCAGUCACGAUGAAUCCCGCAGCACAGGUCGCUGCAACGACUACUAAUAUACCCCCUCAGCGCCCAAGUUCUCCUGGUCCUUUCCAUUCAGAUUUCAUCCGACAACAAGUCGCAAAGCAGCAGUUGAGCAACUAUCACUCUACUUCCCUCAAAAUGAUCACUCAAUCCGUCAACCGAACCGCUCUGCACCCUGGUGGUGUUCAACCAGGCAAGAGCCACACCGAGCUUGAAGAAGAACUCCAUGAAACUGCCCACAUUGACUACGAUCGCGUUGCUAUUGUUGCGAACCCUUCUGUUGCGGCUCUCUAUGAAGAUGCUCUAGUCUACGAAACCGGCACUGCCAUCACAUCGUCUGGUGCGCUGACCGCAUACUCUGGUGCCAAAACCGGCCGCUCGCCCUCAGACAAGCGUAUUGUCAAGGAGCCAACAUCGGAAAACAAUGUGUGGUGGGGACCAGUCAAUAAGCCUAUGAGCACAGAGGUCUGGCGAAUCAACCGCGAGCGUGCUGUCGACUACCUCAACACUCGCAACCGCAUCUACGUUGUCGAUGGAUUCGCCGGCUGGGAUGAGCGCUACCGCAUCAACGUCCGCGUUGUCUGCGCCCGUGCCUACCAUGCCCUGUUCAUGCGCAACAUGUUGAUCCGCCCCUCCGCCAAGGAGUUGGAGCACUUCCACCCCGACUAUGUCAUUUACAAUGCCGGCUCUUUCCCCGCCAACCGCUUCACAGAGGGUAUGACCUCGGCCACUUCAGUGGCUAUCAACUUUGCCGAGAAGGAGAUGGUCAUCCUUGGUACCGAGUACGCUGGUGAAAUGAAGAAGGGCGUCUUCACUGUUUUGUUCUACGAGAUGCCCAUUAAGCACAAUGUCUUGACUCUCCACUCCUCUGCCAAUGAGGGCGAGAAUGGCGAUGUCACUGUUUUCUUCGGUCUUUCUGGCACCGGCAAGACUACUCUUUCCGCUGACCCUAAGCGCGCCCUUAUUGGCGACGAUGAGCACUGCUGGACAGACAAGGGUGUUUUCAACAUCGAGGGUGGAUGCUAUGCCAAGUGCAUCGGUCUAUCGGCCGAGAAGGAACCUGAUAUUUUCAAUGCUAUCAAGUUCGGCUCCGUUUUGGAGAACGUUGUCUUUGACCCAGCCACCCGUGUUGUCGACUACGAAGAUACUACCUUGACCGAGAACACUCGCUGCGCGUACCCCAUCGAGUACAUUGACAACGCCAAGAUUCCUUGCCUCACUGAAAAGCACCCCACAAACAUCAUCUUGUUGACAUGCGACGCUCGCGGUGUGCUGCCACCAAUCUCCAAACUUACCACCGAACAAACCAUGUUCCACUUUAUCUCUGGUUACACCUCUAAGAUGGCUGGUACCGAGGACGGCGUCACCGAGCCCCAAGCCACUUUCUCUUCCUGCUUCGCUCAACCUUUCCUUGCUCUCCACCCCAUGCGUUACGCCCAGAUGCUUGCAGACAAGAUCUCGGAGCACAAGGCCAACGCCUGGUUGCUUAACACCGGCUGGGUCGGCGCUGGCGCUACCACUGGUGGUAAGCGAUGCCCAUUGAAGUAUACUCGCGCUAUAUUGGACGCCAUCCACAGUGGUGAACUCGCCAAAGCCGAGUAUGAGGUCUACCCAGUCUUCAACCUCCAUGUGCCCAAGGCCUGCCCUGGCGUCCCGAGCGAGCUCCUCAACCCAGAGACUAGCUGGACUGCCACGACCGCGUUUUCGGAUGAGGUCAACAAACUUGCUAAGUUGUUCAACGAGAACUUUAACAAGUACGCUGACCAGGCCACUAAGGAGGUUAUUGCUGCUGGACCUGUUGUUCUGUAA